CUCCGACACUCGCUCCUUUCCAAACGCACACACUCACACUCGCGCGCACGCACAUACACACUCAUGAGUGCGCCUCUCGUCUGCACGCACAACCGGCCGCUGCAGCCAGCUGACUUCACCUGAACGAGGAAAAAAAAAGCGGCGGAGACAAACCCACCCAAACAAUGCGAAUUAACUGCAUUAUGCGCCACCGCAGAUUAAUACUACUUCUGCGUUCUUUCAGGAGGUAACCGAGGAGGUGUCAACGCGCAUGCCAUCACUAUGGAUUGCGUUUUUCUUCUGAUAUGGACUUUACCCAUCCCGCUGGUCGGCUGCACCUCAGUCAAGCUUCUCUCCACCAUAAUAACCUGGAAUAUCUUCAAGACUCUGCACAUCUAUUGCACACACACCUCCCAUUCUGUAUUGGCCAGCUCUUCUCCUCCCAGCCACAGCCAUGGAUUAAAUCUUGACUAUGUGUUUGUGACGCCUGUGGAGGUGGACUCUGAUGGCACAUACCUGACACAUGAUGUGAGCAGCAGAAGCCAUCGAAGCAGGAGGUCCCUGUCUACUUCCUUGCACUACCGGCUCUCUGCCUUUGGGCAGGACAUGCACCUGGAUUUGCAUCCAUCUUCUGUAGUCGGCCCAGGCUUCACCGUGCAGACUGUCGACUCGCAUGGCAUCUCCACGGUGAUGGAUGAUGAGAGGUUUCACCACUGUCUGUAUCAGGGAUUUAUUCGCAACCUGUCAGCGUCCUCUGCAGCGAUAUCAACAUGUUCUGGACUGUCAGGAUUGAUCCGUGUCCUUAAUGAAGAGUAUUUAAUAGCUCCACUACCUCAACAUCUGGCCGAGCAGCACAACUACAGCGCUCCUGAUGGUCAUCACCCGCAUGUAGUCUACAAGCGCUCAGCAGAGCACAUUGUUCACAAUAGACCCCGCAGCUCCAGGAGCACUGGUUCCUUCAGACCUGACCAUCCUUAUCUUCACUAUCAGCAGCAGGAAAAGCAACAUGACUACCAGCAUGGAAAGCUGCAGAGGCAACACUUCUGCGGGCGCCGCAAGCAAUAUGCUCCUAAACCACCAGCAGAGGAUCGGUUCAUCAUGCCUGAUGAGUUUGCGAUGCCUGAAGUGGAAGAACCAGGGCGGACAAAAAGAUCCCCCAUCAACUCUAACAGCGUGGGAGGUCUGAAUGUGGAGACCUUGGUGGUGGCAGACAAGAAGAUGCUGGAGAAACACGGCAGGGAGAAUGUCACCACCUACAUCCUCACUGUCAUGAAUAUGGUUUCCAGUCUUUUUAAAGAUGGUACCAUUGGCACGGACAUCAACAUUGUGGUUGUUAGCUUGUUGCUGCUGGAGCAGGACCCUCUUGGCUUGAAUAUAAACCACCAUGCUGACUUGUCACUGAACAGUUUCUGCCAGUGGCAAUCAGGUUUGGUGGGGAAAGGAGGCAAACGACACGACCAUGCUGUUCUUCUCACCGGACUUGACAUUUGCUCCUGGAAGAACGAGCCCUGUGAUACACUGGGUUUUGCUCCAAUCAGUGGAAUGUGCAGUAAAUACAGGAGCUGUACCAUCAACGAAGACACAGGACUUGGCUUAGCUUUCACCAUUGCUCACGAGUCUGGACACAACUUUGGGAUGAUCCACGAUGGAGAAGGGAAUCCCUGUCGAAAGACAGAGGGCAACAUCAUGUCUCCCACUUUGGCUGGUAACAAUGGGGUCUUCUCGUGGUCRAUGUGCAGUCGACAGUACCUCAGCCGCUUCCUUGGAACAGCCCAGGCAUCCUGUCUCGGGGACGAGCCCAAGCAGAUCGGUCAGUACAAGUAUCCUGAGCAGCUUCCCGGGCAGCUGUAUGAUGCUGACACACAGUGCAAGUGGCAGUUUGGGUCAAAGGUCAAACUGUGCAGUCUGGAUUUUGUCAAGGACAUCUGUAAGUCCCUGUGGUGUCACCGCACAGGGCAUCGGUGUGAGACCAAGUUCAUGCCUGCUGCAGAAGGAACCACCUGUGGUCCAGACAUGUGGUGUCGGAAAGGACAGUGUGUUAAAUUCGGAGAGCAUGGUCCCAGGGCCAUCCACGGCCAGUGGUCAUCCUGGUCCCAGUGGUCCGCCUGCUCCCGAACCUGUGGAGGAGGGGUCAUGCAUAGGGAGCGUUCCUGCAGCAGCCCGAGGCCGCAGAACAAUGGUAAAUUUUGCCCAGGCUCAAGUCGCAACAACCAGCUGUGUAAUACCCGGUCAUGCCCUCAAAGUGCCAUAGACUUCCGGGCCCAACAGUGUGCUGAGUACAACAGCAAGCCCUUCAGGGGUUGGUACUACAAGUGGAAGCCUUACACCACAGUUGAUGAYGAAGACAUCUGUAAGCUGUACUGCAUUGCAGAAGACUUUGAUUUCUUCUUUGCCAUGUCCAGCAAAGUUAAAGACGGCACCUCCUGCUCCGACCACAAAGGAGAUGUCUGCAUUGAUGGAGUGUGUGAGGCUGUGGGAUGUGAUCAGAUACUGGGGUCCAAGGUCUCUCUGGAUGCCUGUGGGGUCUGUAAGGGAGACAACUCAACUUGCAAGUUUUUCAAGGGCCAAUACACCCUUCAGCAUCGGGCUAAUGAAUAUUACACCAUGGUGACAGUUCCAGCUGGGGCUAGGAGCAUUCAUGUCCAGGAAAUGGAGGUGUCUAACAGCUACCUGGCCGUCCGAUCUCCAAAGAGGAAGUACUACCUAACUGGAGACUGGACUGUGGACUGGCCAGGGAAGUUUUCCUUUGGUGGCACUAUGUUCGACUACCAGCGCUCUUUCAACAAGCCAGAGAGCCUGUAUGCUGCUGGACCGACUAAUGAGACUCUGGUGUUUGAAAUCCUUCUCCAGGGAAGGAACCCGGGUGUGGUGUGGGAGUACACUCUGCCUCGCACCGAGAGGAAACCUGAGUACAGCUGGGGUGUGGUGCGCUCCGACUGCUCCGCUCCAUGUGCUGGAGGUCGCAUUUCAACAAAGACUAUUUGUCUACAGGACCAAAAAGCCCAGGUCAACUCCAGCCUGUGUAAUCCCCUCARCAAGCCCACACUGGGCUCUCAUCUCUGCAACACACAGCCUUGUCCUGCAUACUGGGUCGCAGGAGACUGGGGCCCCUGCAGUCGCUCAUGUGGUGGAGGCCAGCAGACCAGGACGCUGCGCUGCCUGAGAAAGGUGACCUACCAGAGGGAAGAGGGCGUGGCACUCUCCCUCUGCCCCGUCAUCUCUCCUGCCCAGGUCCAGCCGUGCCAAACGCAGGCCUGCCCGCCAGAGUGGAGCACUGGAUCCUGGUCCCAGUGCUCCAAAUCCUGCGGCCGUGGCCUGAGGAAGCGGAGCGUGUUCUGCCGCAGCACUGAUCCGGGGGCCAAAGCGGUGGUGGUGCCCGACAGCAUGUGCAGGCAGCACCACAGACCGAAAUCCCAAGAGACGUGUGUCCUGCGGCGCUGCCCCAGGAACGAGAAGCUGCAGUGGAUCCCCACACCCUGGGGAGAGUGCUCCAGGUCUUGUGGCUCCGGCAUCCAGAGAAGAGAGCUUCGCUGUGGGGAGAGGGACACCCAGGGAGGAUAUGUGGAGUACCCCAUGCGGCGGUGUAGAGGUUUGGCCAAACUUUUGCUGGAUCUUCAACAAGUCUGCAACCUAGGUCCGUGCCCAGAGCUCCCACAGGUGGUUCCUGGCAGAGCGACCUCCACCACUGGGGUUUCAGGCUGGUAUGCCUCUCCAUGGCAGCAGUGCUCUGUGUCCUGCGGAGGAGGGGUUCAGACUCGCACCAUCCAGUGUCUCCUGCAAGGUCGCCCUGCAGCCGGCUGCCUGCCUCACCAGAGCCCCGUCACUUCAAGGGCGUGCAACACACACUUCUGUUCCGCUGCUCCCCCGGCUCCGGCACAGCGGCUCAGCAACCGCGUUACAACUGCUGGAUCAACACUGAAAGAUGAACCCUGCAGUGACCACUUCAGCUGGUGCCACUUGGUCCCCCAACAUGGCGUAUGUAAUCACAAGUUCUACGGACAUCAGUGCUGUAAGUCCUGCUCCAGCAAGAAACCGUAGAGCUGCGGCGCCUCUGAGUCUGCGGCGUGUGGCUUCUGAAGGAAACGCCGCCACAAAAAAACUAUUCGAUUGCUUACCACACACAGAACUGCACCCGAGAAUGUGUGUUUCCCUCCUGGAGUACUUGACCGAUGCRUUUUGUGAAGAAGUAAACGAGAGAAUGCGUGGACUCUGUUGAAGAGARCAGUAGUGUGGCUGCUGAUGUUCCUCUGCGAAGGCGGUGUCGCCCACUCCCUGAUUGCAUUUAAACUUGAGAAACAGUACAAAUCCCAUCUGAAGACUUUGUUGAUGUAAUAUAUAUGUAUUGUCAUUUUGUUGAGGAUUUUCCUUUUGAAACCUAUGAACCUAGAAAGCCAUCUUAAGAACAAGAGAAGACCUAGUGUUUAACUUCUUUUUAUGUUGUACAUUUAAAGGCAUCUGGUUCAAUAUGCCUUUUUUAAGUUAUUAUGGGUCAUGAUAUCUGAUAUGACAUUUUGUUCAGGCAUGCAGUGGACCAAUCACAGAGGUUUUCUUUGUGCCACAGGUUUGUGCUGGUCACCUCUGGGUCCACGUGAUGAGAUUUGAGAUGAGGUGUUAGUAAUCAGCCAUUAGCACUUCCUUUUCGCAUAUUUCCCUGUUUGUUACUGCUGACUCACAAUAGGACACUUUUUUAACCCUGUUUAUUCCAUUCAUAAUAAUGCAGUGAAAACAUACCUAUCUGUGUGGGUAAAACAUUUUAUUCAGCUGUGCUGUAACAGUCGUCUUCAUCUGUCCUGUAUCAUUAUGGUAAAUAACUUGACCAUCAAUCCGUCUUUCUUUUUUCCCCCCCCACUGCAUUCUCUAUCGAUUGCAGGCAAAAUGAGGUGAAUAAUGAGCGAGGCUAUCUGCAGGCCUUGGGGAGUGGAGAGGAGGGUGAAGAGGGAAAGAAGAGGAUGAUUGCUGGGCAAGCGUGGGUGCAGUAUAGAUAGCAAGUGCUUGUUAAGAGAAAACAAUGUAGGUUGUGUUCUCCACAGAAGUCUGGUCAAAAUGUAGAGCAGGUGGAGCUUGAGAUAAGAGAUGGCACACUCGCAGWCAGUUUGAUGUGCACAAAAUAUGAAAAAAAAAUGUUUUGAAGGCUUCACUUCACUUUUGGAUGCAGACACGCAUCCUGCAAGCUGGUUACAAAAACAAAAGAAGCAAUAAUUUAGUGCAGAGCAUACAUCACAUUUUUAAAACCCUCUCUCUUCCACUGGCUUGGAGCCUGCCAAGCAUUUAGGUGGCUGUUUUUCAGUUUGACACACUUGCAAUAUUAAAAAAAUGGUGCUGAGAAAAUAUGCACUGAAUUCAUUUUGGGAUACUUGAUAAAGUAGAGUUUUUGUUUGUUUGUUUUCUUAUACAUUGACACAACAGAGGUAGACUGUUUGACAUACAAAUAAAAACAAGUUUCAAAUAAAUGGUUCCCCCAAUUCGCAACAUAGAAGUACAAAUUCAGUGUUAAUUCUAUGAGAAAUUCUGUUUGUUUUGUAUCCUGAUGCUGAUAAAAAAGUUUUUGUUUUGCAUAAAAUAAACUCUUAUAAAAAAA